GUUUCUCCAUCUUCCAAUUCUCGGUCGGUGGACAUUUGACAUCUGAAGCACCCACUCCUCUCGAAAAAGACGACCACCAUGUUCCGUGCCUCAGCCGCCCGUGCUGGCGCCUCCUUCCGUCGCAAGGCUGCUACUUCAGCCCAAGCACGCCCUUUCACUUCCGCAUCCACUCCCAAAGCCCGCACAUCCGCCCCAAAACCUACCACCUCCCCAUUCGCCGCCCGCUCCGCAUCAACCCCCUUUCCCUUCCCUACUCACGGCGUCGCUGCUUCCUCAAUACCUUCUCUCAACACUCUGGCAACUCGUGCUCAGAGUACGACUGCCGGUGCUGGUGGCCCGGCAUUGCCUGCGCUCGGCGGUAUGAUCGAGGCCGGGGAUGGCGAUCUCGAAGCAAUACUAGAAGCCGCGGGUGAUAUUCCGGUGGUCGUUGAUUUUUAUGCAAACUGGUGUGGCCCCUGCAAGAUGCUCACUCCAAUCCUUACCGCCUCCAUCAAAACCCAAGCCAAGACAAUCCUCGUCAAAAUCAACAUCGACGAAGCCGAGCAGGUCGCCGCCAAAUACGAAAUUGCGUCGUUGCCGACCGUCAAGGCAUUUGUGCGGGGACAGGAGGUCGAUUCGUUUAUUGGGAGUAGGGAUCGGAGGGGCGUUGAGAAGUUUUUGGAGGGGGUUGUUGGGAAGUGAGAUGGAUGGGGAAGUUUGGGGAGACAGUAUUGGAAGGAGGAGAUGAUUUGCGAGAGGCGCGAGCUGGCGUCGAGGGCGAAAGCUAUGCGCAUUGCCCAACCGCACGAAUUGCCAGCGUGUCGCUCGCCACAUAGCAUCGAGCGCCUUCCAUCCGCACAUCAUACUAGAACCAUCAACACAUGUCUUCUACACCCCGUACGGACGUAGUACCAAGAACACAGGUCAUUGCAUUCUUAAAGAGUUCAGGACCAGGCAGUUGGGCUUUCGAGUGAGAUUUCCUGAUGUGGGCGCACCAAACUUGCUUUCUUGACUACGGUGAUGAAUCUACACCGUUUCGAAGUG